AUGCUGGCAGUCCGAUUUCGAGCGCCUCGACUCAUCAGUCGGGGUCUGGCGACAGUUGCUUCCGCAACAAAGGCUUCACCAGCUCCCGGUCUUCACUGGCCUGCUGUGGUACGCCCAAGUGCCAGCGAGAUAAAAAAUGCCAGGCUUGACGAGCGCAACCUUGAAAAAGCCGUGCGACACAUCCAUCAAGAUGGUCUUGUGGUGAUUGAUGAUGUCGUACCGCAUGAGGACAUUGACAGUCUCAACGCCAAAAUGGUCCAAGAUGCCCGCGUGCUUCAGAACAUGGGCGAAAAGGGGCCAUUCAACUACAACCAGGGAAACUUGCAGCAAGAUGCGCCCCCCGUCGCUGAGUUCUUUUACCCAUCAAUAUUCACGAAUACGGUUGCUACUCAAGUCACUUCAGCCGUCCUCGGCCCUCGACCCAAGUGGACGUUUUGCUCUGCCAAUUCGGCCAUGCCUCCCCUCCCCGGCGCCUCUCCUCAGCGACAGCCGGUGCACUCAGAUGCCGAUUUCGCUCACCCAGCACACCCAUUCGCUCUUGUUGUCAACGUACCUCUGGUAACAAUGACACCGGAGAAUGGCUCGACCGAGCUCUGGUUGGGAACACACAAGACAGACAUUUCUUUUCAAGAAGGCGCUCAUGGAGAGCGAGCAAGUGGUCGAAUCAAAGAGAACUUCUUGCGUGAGCGUGAGGCUGUCCGCCCACCCAUCCAACCCAUCGUGAAGAAGGGAUCAGUCGUGUUGCGAGACCUCAGACUGUGGCAUGCUGGUAUGCCCAACCCAUCUGAUCAGGUCCGGAUCAUGCUCGCCAUGAUCCAUUUCGCCCCAUGGUACCGGAAUCCCAUGAAGUUGCAGUUCGGAGACAACAUGAAACCAAUCUUGGAAAAGCUCGAUCAAGAGGGCAAGUUGGGCCUUGAAGUUCCCAUUGAUUGGGUUAGCUCUGAGAAGGCGAUGAAGACGUAUCUGAACCGUGGUUUCGGGAACAGCUAUGAUUUUAACCAGGCUCCAUGA